UCCUGGGUCUGCACACAGGGAUCACUCCUGAUGGGCUUGGCGGACCAUACGGAAUGCCGGGGAUUGAACCCAGGUUGGCUGCAUGCUAGCCAAUGACCUACCAACUGUACUAUUGCUCUGGCCCCCUCUAGGCACUUCUUGGGCUAUUUCUUUCACACACAUCUGCACUGUCUUAAGAGGAAUUUGGGGAGAAUACCUUGUUGUUUCCAUUCUAUGCUGGGCUCCCCCUUCUUACUGGGCUGCUAGUGUCAGCAGAAGUUGAUGGGGAAGUGGGGCCUCGAGGAGGGGGACCGAGGGGAAAAGGGAAGUCUGGGAGGGAGGCAGGCCUCCCAAAGAGAUUGGUGAGAGAGUGUAGGCUGCAGACAGAGUCCUAGAGCUCGAUCUGUCCCCACCGGCAGCCCGGCCAGCUGAGCUAUGAGCCAGACCAGGAAUUUGCAGGGUAGGGCAAGAAGAAGAGGCCAGAGCCUGAAAUGGGGUGCAGGAGGUAAAGCCUUUGGGUUACUGAAGGCCCAGCAGGAGCAGCGGCUGGAAGAAAUCAACAAGCAAUUCCGAGAUGACCCCAAAUACAGCAGCGAUGAAGACCUGCCCUCCAAACUGGAAGCCUUCAAGGAGAAGUACAUGGAGUUUGACCUGAACGGAAAUGGAGAUAUUGAUAUCAUGUCCCUGAAGCGAAUGCUGGAGAAACUUGGGGUCGCCAAGACCCACCUGGAGCUCAAAAAGCUAAUCAGGGAGGUGUCCGGAGACUCUGGGGAGACUUUCAGCUACUCUGACUUUCUCAGGAUGAUGCUGGGCAAGAGAUCUGCCAUCUUGAAAAUGAUCCUGAUGUACGAGGAGAAAGCUAGAGAACAGGAGAAGCCACUGGGUCCCCCAGCCAAGAGAGAGAUCUCUGAGCUGCCCUGAUUGGUCAAAGACAGACAGGAUCAGAUUGAAGGCAAUGCUAAUGACCUCGACAUGAAAAAGAGGACAACGUUGUGAGCCUGAGUCAAAUUAAAUAAAUUCUCUCCCUUCUUCAGAUCAA